AUGCCCUGCAUCAACACCAUCGACCUAGACAACCGCUUCCACAAAGAAACUGAAAGAAAAGCAGAUGCGAAGACACUAGAGAAAGGUCUUCGUCCAAUCCCCGACGGGGACUUCGAGCUAAUAGCCCUCGGCGAUGACCCGACCAGAGGAGUUAAAGUCGGUACAGACCUGCCCGAACUAGCCAGAAGGCAACUCAAGGCUUGCCUCAGGGAGAACGCCGACCUCUUUGCAUGGAGCACGGCCGAGAUGCCCCGCCUCGAUCGAGAAGUAGCGUGCCACCACCUGACGAUCGAUCCCGUGUGCAUUGUCGUCGCCCAGAGGAGAAGAAAGCAAUCCCCGAAAAAAACGGCUGCGGCCGAACUAGCUGUUAGGGACCUCUUAGAGGCUAAAUUCAUAUCGGAAGCCAAGUACACUACUUGGCUCUCUAAUAAUGUACUUGUAAAGAAAUCUAAUGGAAAAUGGCGCAUGUGCAUUGACUAUACCGUCCUUAAUAGGGCUUGCCCUAAAGACGCUUACCCUCUGCCUAGCAUAGAUAAAUUAGUCAAUAAUUCCGCAGGUUUCAAACUUUUAUCAUUUAUGGACGCGUAUUCUGGGUGUCCUCGGCAGCAGCAACACAAUCGCCCCCCAGGACUCUUAUGUACUGGAUCAAAUCUGCCCGGGUCAAGAGGGCUUUCUCCUCCUCCGUCUCAUCCUCAGCAGGAGCCUGAGAUCACCAAAGAGAAGCCUCCUUCACCGAGGAAGACAGCAUCACCCCGUACAGAGUCCGGUAGAGCAAAGUAUACUGGCCUUGCACAUCUGCCAGAGCAUCCUCUUUAG